AGAUGAAAUCCCACGCUCAGUGAAGGAGUAUAAACCAACUUUAGAUUUACAAUGAAAAUAUCAAUUUUUGCUAAAAAUUUCCACACUUACAGUUCGAUCGAGUUUGACUCUUAUCCCGAAGGUUGUAUUCACCAUUCAAUGUCCUUGCUAACUUGAAAUGGAUUGUUAUAACAUUACUCUAAAAUAACGAAUGAGUAUGAAAUUAAAAUAUCAAGCAAAGAUGCAGACAAUUGAAAGGAUUUUAAGAGAGAUUACGAAUAUUAAACGAGAGAGGAUUUGAAAGCCCGCUGGAACCGAUAUUGUUACGAGACACUGAUUACAGUCCACAAAAUGGUGCUAAAAACUGAUGAGAAUGGCGAUGAGUAUUUCAAUUAUUAUGAUAUUAGUGAAGUACAAGAUGAUACCCUGAAAUUUUUGUCUGAUUUCGUCGACAACUUUCUCCAUACAAUCGUACUUCAAUGUCUAAUCAUUGGUCUAGUAUUUUUCAUCUUUCUUGUGCUUUUAUGGAUUUUUUCACAUGAUGUUUGUAUCCCUUGUGUGGCCUGUUUUAACUCUAAAGGCGCUUGGCUUUACAACAUUAUUUUGUGUUUAACUUGUGGUUUGUUACGUAAACCAGCAUUCAGAAUUGUGGAAAGAUAUUGUAAACGAGAUGGAAUAUUCUUGCAAUAUAAUGAUUACAAAGAGAAGAUCAGACAAUUUGAUGAAAUGGCCAAGCUAGUGGAUGAAGGCGAUAAAGGUCUAAUUGACAAAGUAUUGCAGAGCUACAAGUUCAAGUAUGAUCCAUACCGAAUUGUAACAGAAAGGGAAACUAGAAUUAAAAUCAAAGAAGAAGAGAAAAUGAAAGCCAAAGAGAAAGAGAAAGAAAAAGAAAAAGAGAAAGUAAAAGAGAAAACGAAAGAGAAAGAAAAAAAUACCGGAAUCUUGGCUGGAAUCGUAACCAAAGUGAAAACAACGCUGGCUUCGAAAUUUCGGGGAAAAGUUACUAAACGAGUAAAGAAAAAAAGAGUUAAGAAAAAGUAAAUUCUGAUUCUUCAGUUAGUGGACUCUUCAUCCUUAUCCAUUGAAAAAAAUUCAAUGCAAUUUGUUUUUGGUCAUCUUUGGGUUUCAUUUGAGAUUAAGAUAUGAAAUAUGAUAAAGAUUGGUCCUUAUUGAUGGUUAAGUCUGUCAAUGUUCAUCAGCAGUUUUACUUUUCGAUAAAAAUUAUGCCACCGAACGAUAUUCCAAAAAAUUUCUAUCAUUUCUCUGCUCUUUGUUGUAUACAGAUUUUAUUUUGAAAGCACAUUGUAUCAUGUUUUGACACAACAAA